GUAGCGUCACCCGGACUGGCCGCUUGCAGGGACUUUCCUCGGCCCGGCCCCUGUCCCUCCGCCCUCCGUGCGUCCCGGCGUCCCGGACGGCGCGCGGGGACAGCGGCGACUCCCUGGCCCGGCCGGCUCCCGGGUCCACGCCCGCGCGCCCAUGGCCAUGGCUGGGGGCCGGUGCCUCGGCCUCUCCCGCGCGUCCUGGGGCGCGUCGCUGCUGCUGCUGCUGGCCGACUGGACGCUGCUGCGGGUCGCGCUGCCCCGGGUCUUCUCGCUGCUGGUCCCCACGGCGUCGCCGCUGCUCCGGGUCUGGGCGGUGGGCCUGAGCCGCUGGGCUGUGCUGCGGCAGGCCGCCCGCGGGCUGCUCCGGGCUGCGCGCGUCCCGGGAUGCCUGGCCACUUGGGAGCCGCUGGCAGCGGCGCUGGGCUUGGCGCUGCCCGGACUCGCCUUGUUCCGCGAGCUGGGCUCGUGGGGAAGGCGCGGGACCGCUGACUGCGCCCGGCUCCUGUACUGGGGCAGUCGCCCCGAUGCCUUCGCGCUCAGCUACGCCGCCGCCCUGUCCGCGGUCGCCCUGUGGCACAGGUUGAAGGGGCUCGCGCGCCCCGGCGGGCUUGGGGGCUCAGCAGACGCUGUGCGUCGGCUCCUGAGCUUCUUGGAACCGGAGAUUCGCCACUUGCCGUUGGUGUUAACCUUGUUGGUUCUCUCCUGCUUGGGGGAGAUGGCCAUCCCUUUCUUCACAGGCCGCCUCACUGACUGGAUUCUCCAGGACGCAGCAGCCACCACCUUCAUGAGGAACAUAACUCUCAUGUCUGUUCUCACCAUAGCCAGCGCGCUGCUGGAGUUUGUGGGUGAUGGACUGUACAACAGCAGCAUGGGCCGCUCGCACACCCACCUGCAAGGAGAGGUGUUUCGGGCUGUCCUGCGCCAGGAGACGGAGUUUUUCCAACAAAACCAAACAGGUGCCAUCACAUCUCGGGUGACAGAGGACACGUCCACCCUAAGCGAGUCUCUGGGCCAUGAGUUGAAUCUGUUGCUGUGGUACCUGGUACGAGGGCUGUGUCUCCUGGGGUUCAUGCUCUGGGGGUCGCUGUCCCUCACCAUGGUCACACUGGUCGCUCUGCCUCUGCUGUUCCUUCUGCCCAAGAAGAUGGGGAAAUGGUAUCAGGCACUGGAAGUGCAGGUGCGGGACUCUCUGGCGCAAUCCAGCCAGGUGGCCCUGGAAGCUCUGUCAGCUAUGCCUACGGUCCGGAGCUUUGCCAACGAGGAGGGGGAGGCCCGCAGGUUUAGGCAGAAGCUGCAGGAAAUGAAGACGCUCAACCAGAAGGAGGCCAUGGCCUAUUCGGUUAACCUCUGGACCACCAGUAUCUCUGGGAUGCUGCUGAAGGUGGCAAUCCUGUACCUGGGUGGGCAGCUGGUGACAAGCGGGGCCGUGAGCAGUGGGAACCUCGUCACCUUUGUUCUCUAUCAGAUCCAGUUCACUGUGGCUGUUGAGGUCCUGCUCUCCAUCUAUCCCCGUUUGCAGAAGGCUCUGGGCUCCUCAGACAAAAUAUUUGAAUAUCUGGACCGGACCCCUUCCUGCCCACCCAGUGGUCUGCUGGUCCCCAAGAGCCUGGAGGGCUGUGUCCAGUUCCAAGAUGUCUCUUUCGCCUAUCCAAAUAAUCCAGAAGUCUUGGUGCUGCAGGGGCUGACAUUCACACUCCAUCCAGGCAAGGUGACUGCGCUGGUGGGACCCAAUGGGUCCGGCAAGAGCACAGUGGCUGCACUGCUGCAGAACUUGUACCAGCCCACCGGGGGGCGCCUGCUGCUGGACGGGGAGCCUCUUCCCCAGUAUGAGCACCACUACCUGCACAGCCAGGUGGCUGCAGUGGGGCAAGAGCCACAGUUGUUUGGAAGAAGUCUUCAAGAAAACAUUGCCUAUGGGCUGGCGGAGACGCCAGCUAUGGAAGACAUCAUCGCUGUUGCCACAGAGUGUGGGGCCCAUCAUUUCAUUUCUGGAUUCCCCCAGGGUUAUGACACAGAUGUUGGGGAGGCUGGAGGUCGGCUGUCAGGGGGUCAACGACAGGCAGUGGCCUUGGCCCGAGCCUUGAUCCGGAAGCCACGAGUGCUCAUCCUGGAUGAUGCCACCAGUGCCCUGGAUGCAGACAACCAGCUCCGGGUGGAGCAGAUCCUGUAUGACAGUCCCAAAAAGGACUCUCGCGCUGUGCUUCUCAUCACUCAGCGCCUCAGCUUGGUGGAGCGGGCACACCACAUCCUGUUUCUGGAAGGAGGCAAAGUCUGUGAGGAGGGCACCCAUCAGCAGCUCAUGAAGAACAGGGGCCACUACUGGGCCAUGGUGCAGGCACCAGCAGGCGCCCCGGAGUGACAGCGAGCUCUGGCCGGCACAUUCCAUCUGUUCAGCUCUCCUUCUUGGCACGAUGGAGAACUUAGCAGCAAGGUGUAGAGUGGGCAUCUUGGAGUUGCAUCCUAAAAUGGAACGUCUGGGAGAUUCCGGGAACGUGCUUUGACUGCUGCUGUCUCCUGUCAGCCUCCCCCCGUGUCCCAGGCUUCCUGGAGGGUGGACAUGGGCUUUAGCACAGCUCAGUGCAACUCAGUUCCUGGGGCAGAGGAAGCUGCUUGGGUGCAGGCGGGACUCCUAAGGACAGCUCAGAAAGCCAGAAAAGGAAGACUGGCUCUUCCAGCAUGGUUCAGGAUACACCCUGGCCAAUAAACGCCCUGUAGAUGUUAGUAUUUGUAAUAAAAUCGGUGUUUUGGUUCA